AUGAAGUACUCAAUUGCUCUUGCGUUCUUGACUACUGUCAGCGCACAGUCUAUUCUUGAUACACUGAGCUUUGGCCAUGGCUCAAGGUUCUCCCCAAAUGGAGAUAGUCUUCCGGGUUGGAGAAUCAAGGGUGAAGGCCACGAGCCUCAAAUACUCUCGGACAAACUUAUCCUAACACCUCCGUAUCCAGGCCAUACGAGAGGUUCCAUAUGGGCUGAAAAUAGUCUACCACUUUUAGAAUGGACAUCGGAGUUCCACUUCAGAGCCAGUGGUGAGGAAAGAGGGAGUGGCAACCUUCAAUUAUGGUAUGUCAAGGACGGCGAGAGGAGCGUUGGUGCUUCGAGCAUCUACACUGUGGGCCAAUUCGAUGGAUUUGUCUUGACAAUCGAUACCCACGGAGGCAGGGGUGGAAGCAUUCGUGGUUUUCUGAAUGAUGGCACAAUAGCCUACAACCAGCACAGCAACGUCGAUAGCCUUGCCUUUGGCCACUGUGAUUACGCUUAUCGCAACCUUGGACGUCCAUCCGUCAUCAAGAUUGAACAGUCCAGCUCGCUCUUUCAAGUGACAGUAGACGACAAGGUAUGCUUUCAAACACCAAAAGUCAUCCUACCGGCCGGUAACGUGUUCGGUGUGACUGCUGCUACACCCGACAAUCCAGACUCCUUUGAGCUUUUCAAGUUUGUCGUUACACCAGGUGCUCAAGUUACUGCUCAAUUCGCGGAACAAACCACACAGCAACAGCAACAGCAGGUGCCAAUCGAGUCUCGCUCACAAAGCAACAAUAUCAACCUUGGCUCACUGGACAAUAUAAACGGCCGUAUCCAGAAAAUCAGUCAAGAAGUCUCUCAAAUCGCCCAGAACAUAAAUGAGCGCCACCAAGAGCUUCUCAACAAAAUCUCGGCUGGUUCCGUUGCUUCGUCGUCAGACUCUUGGCCUCAGAACGAGGCUCGCUUGAACGCCAUGGAUGAGCGUCUCCGCCGCAUCGAGGCGAUGUUAUCAGACUUGCAACGCGACAAUGCCGGAAAGGACUACCGCAAUGAAUUUACUCGGCUCCACAAAGCCAUUGAGAAUUCCCACCAUAGCCUAACUGAAGCUCUGCAGACUUCCAUAUUCAACAUGAUCACUGCUACAACACCACGUAUGGGCCUCUUCAUCUUCGUCGUGAUUGCGUUCCAACUCCUCCUAGCGGGUGUAUAUGUAUACUAUAAGCGUCGACGCAAUGGAAUGCCAAAGAAGUUCUUGUAA